UGAUAGAAACAUGGGAAUUUGGGAAUAUACUCUUUAUUUGACCACCACAGCCUGCCUAUGGAGUGUGUCACUUCAGGGAGAGCAUCAGAGGAGACUCUACAGAGACCUGAUGAAAGACUAUAACCCACUGGAGAGACCCGUGUUCAAUGACACACACUCACUCACUGUGUAUUUCACCUUCAGUCUCAUGCAGAUUAUGGACGUGGAUGAGAAGAACCAAGUACUUACAACCAACAUUUGGUUGCAGCUGUACUGGUAUGACUACUAUCUUCAGUGGAACUCCUCUGAAUAUCCUGGAGUGACGAAUGUGAGAUUCCCUGACAGUCAGAUCUGGAAGCCUGACAUCUUACUUUAUAACAGUGCCGAUGAAAGGUUUGACGCCACAUUUCACACUAAUGUGCUGGUGAACUCCUCUGGUGCCUGCCAAUACCUCCCACCAGGGAUAUUCAAGAGCACCUGCUACAUCGAUGUCCGCUGGUUCCCCUUUGACCUUCAGAGGUGUGAUCUGAAAUUCGGCUCCUGGACGUAUGGCGGGUGGUCUCUGGACCUGCAGAUGAUUGAUGCUGACAUCACAGGAUAUAUCGCUAAUGGAGAGUGGGACCUUGUGGAGGUUCCAGGUCGAAGGAAUGAGAAAUUCUACGACUGCUGCAAGGAGCCGUACCCAGAUGUGACGUUCACCGUGGUGAUGCGGAGACGGACGCUGUACUACGGUCUGAAUCUGCUCAUUCCCUGUGUGCUCAUCUCCACUCUGGCUCUGCUCGUCUUCCUGUUGCCGGCCGACUCGGGAGAGAAGAUCUCUCUCGGGAUCACAGUCCUGCUCUCACUGACAGUUUUCAUGCUUCUGGUAGCAGAGAUAAUGCCGGCGACAUCCGACUCUGUACCCUUAAUAGCUCAAUAUUUCGCCACCACCAUGGUUAUUGUUGGACUGUCUGUGAUAGCCACAGUCUGGGUCUUACAGUAUCACUACCAUGAUCCUGAUGGAGGAAAAAUGCCAAAAUGGACCCGUGUGGUGCUGUUGAACUGGUGCGCGUGGUUCCUGCGGAUGAAGAGGCCCGGCGAGGACAGAGUUCGCUCAGCUUGUCACAAUAAGCAUCCGCGCAGCAGCGUCUCCAGCGUGGAUCUGAACAUCAGCACUGGAGCCACACAGUCCACCAAUGGAAACCUGCUGUACAUCGGCUUCCGUGGGAUGGACACUCUUCACUACGCCACUUCCCCGGACUCAGGGGUGAUCUGCAGUCGACUCGUCGCCUCGGGAGAGGAAGAUGUGCUUCUCCCUGGAGCUCCGGCGUCUUCUGUUAGCAGCGGUCCUAGCGAAACUGAACUCUCCAAAAUCUUGGAUGAGGUUCGGUACAUUGCCAAACGCUUCCGGGACCAAGACGAGGAAGAGACUUUGUGUAACGAGUGGAAGUUUGCAGCUUCUGUCAUUGACCGUCUUUGUCUCAUGGCCUUUUCCCUGUUCACCAUUCUCUGCACCAUUGGUAUCUUAAUGUCUGCCCCGAACUUCGUAGAGGCCAUAUCCAAGGAUUUCUUCACCUGAGGCCAAGGCCCUAUUGUAGUUAUUUUUACUUCUCAGAACCUCUUAAGUGUAACGAUAUACUUCUUUUAUAGAUUAACUCUCUAAAAUUUGACAUGAAGGAAAUCGUUCACC